AGCACAUAACCUAGUCUGAGACUGAGUGAGUUUCAAAUAAGGAGUGGAGUUAAAAAUGGUGAGAUUUGGGAAAACACUUUUGAAAGACGUAGGAGUUGGAAUCAACAAGACACUUUCUGAGUUUCUGGUCUGCCCACUUUCUAAACAACCAUUGAGGGUAUGCGAGAAAACCAAUUCUCUUAUCAGCGACACAAUCGGAGUCUCAUAUCCGAUAGUGGAUGGGAUCCCCCAUCUUGUUCCGGAGGACGGCAAGAUAAUUGAAACCAACGAUGCUUCUGAUGUUGCUGCUUCACCUGGAGUGAAAGGCAGUGAUUGAACAUAGCUGAGUUACUUAAGCUUAUAUAGAGAAUGUGUAUGCACAAAGCCAAUUAAGGUUACUCUUUGGAUCUUUACUUAUGAUCAACGCUUAUGUUAAUUACGUUCUUGAAUUGGACACAUUCUGCUGAUGCUUAUAAGAAGUCCUUAUUUCUAAUGGCUUAAUUUAUUUUAGGCUGUAAAAA